AUGGAAUGUAUGAAUGUAGAUAUGCAUAUAUAAAACCGUAGCGGGAAACAUUUAGAGAUAGUAUGCCUUAAUCGCUGGAGUACGAAAGUAUUAUAUCGGUGUUUAAAACUUGGCAACGGUCGACGCGUCAGAGCAGUUUGUCGUGAUUUCGCAAAGUGCUGGUUGUUGUGGCCAAUUACUGUAGCUUUUACUAAAAACCAAUCACCGUGGUUUCUACUGAAAAUUUUAUUGCAAUGAGAGUUGAAAUUCUGGCAUGCCUGUGUCUUAAGAGUAUAAUGCUACUCGCGGUUGCCCAGGCCUAUAUAGAGCCACGGACAGAUUUGGGUGAAAUUCAAAAUCGCAUUGUAUCGGGUAGCCCGGCAUCACCUGGUCAAUUUCCCUGGCAAGUGAUUUUGAAAAAAGAUCCAAUCGAAGAUUUGUUAUGUGGUGGUUCAAUUAUCGCAUCAAAUUGGGUGCUCACCGCGGGACAUUGUACAUAUGGACUAACAUCUGUAUUUAUUAUGUUCGGUACUGUGCUACUUAAUAAUCCCAAUGCUUUAAAUAUGACCGCAACCCAGCUGUAUAUAAACCCGAAUUACGAUAGUUCGACACUAAAUAAUGAUGUAUCAUUAAUUCAGUUACCAACAACAUUGACAUUCAGCAAAACUAUACAACCCAUACAAUUGGUGACAAAUGAUUAUGCGAAUUUCAAUUUUAUUGGACAAGUUGCCACAAUUGCGGGUUUUGGCUUAACCGACGAUGAUUAUUUGGAAUCCUCAAACUUAUUAUUGUAUGCACAAGUGCAGAUUAUUAAUAAUAGUCAAUGCGGCGACGUAUUUGGCUCGAGCGUUGUGAUACCUUCAACGCUAUGCGCGCAAGGCGAAAAUGGCACUGACAUGUCGAUAUGUAGUGGGGAUUCUGGUGGACCGCUAAUAACACGCGAUUUGAAUGGCAACUGGAUGCAAAUCGGUAUAAACUCAUUUGUGGCAGAAGAUAUGUGCACCAUGAAGUAUCCAUCUGGUUAUGCGCGUUUAACCUCGUUCCUGAGUUACAUUUCACAGGUGACGGGUAUUAACUUCACUAGUUAUUGAUUGCGGGCUUAUACUUGAGUUAUAAAAGAAAUAAACUGUGCUAUGAUUUUCAAACUAAUUUCUGUUUUUUAUAAAAACCUAACCUAUAACCUAAAUAAAGAGUUUGUGUAAUGAA